ACGGCCAGCACAGCAACAGGAGCUGGUUCAUCUCAAUCUGCAGCUGCUUUGGAUCAAUCCAGCUUCACACAAUUUCCGUCAAAUACACCAGAAGAUAGUCAGAUUCCUGGUAGGAGAACCCCUCUGGGAGCAGUGGGACUUGGCGGAUUCUACUUUCAGGGAUGCCAACCGAAUAUUGCUAGUCAUGGACCACCUUCAGAUGAAAACAAUCCUGAUCCAGGAUGUUCUACACAGGGAUCUAGGAGUCAAGAUUUACGGCUGCAAAAUCCUCAAAAUCCUCAAUCUUCUAAAGGCAAAAACCGCCAAGGAAAAACUGUUCGCCUGAACAUAAAUGCAAGAGAACGAAGAAGAAUGCACGAUUUGAAUGAUGCUUUGGAUGAACUUAGGUCCGUCAUCCCAUACGCCCAUUCUCCGUCUGUGCGUAAGCUGUCCAAAAUUGCAACCCUUCUUCUAGCCAAAAAUUACAUACUCAUGCAAGCCAAUGCUUUGGAAGAAAUGAAGAGGCUCAUCGCUUACCUCCAAGGAACUGCAGGUGCUGCAGUAGGGGCAGCAAUAGUCGCACCUCCUGGAUUCGACCUUCAAGGAUUUCCUGCCGCUGCGAAGUUCCUACAGCAGCAACAAACCUUACAGGCCGAAAUAUCUAGGAAUAAUGGGGGGAAUGGAAGUGGGUCAGGUUCUAUGUGAAAUAAUUCAUUAAGAAAAAAUCAUUGUAUUGGUAGUAAAUUGAAAUGAACUCAUUCCUGCCCAACAGGAUACAUAAUUAUACCUCACUAAGCAAAAAUACAACUAUAACUGGUAAUAUGAUAAAUACGAGAACACUAACACUACCGAAAUCUAUUUGGUUUUGAUGUCAUUUACUUCAUACAAUGAUAAUACUGGAUGAUAUGUACUUGAUACUGCCAAAGCUGUUAUUCGGUUUGUUGGUCAUGGUCUGCAGGUUUUAUACGUGACGUGUCCUCUACAACUACGAUAGAUAUUAUCAAAAGAGAUUAGGGUCUUGUUGUUCUUAAAGCAUGCAUUAUAGAAGUAUUUCAAGUGGGAUGGUUUUCUAUGAACAAACAGAUGGGUCCGCAAUGGGUUCAGUGGUGGCAAACUUUUUCAUAAAAAAUUUGUGCCAUUGUUGGCUGCGUUACAUUAAUGGCAGGUUCGUGGUAUGGCACUACGGUGAGUAGCAACUGAAUAAGUUUCUUGCAUAUCGGAACCCCACCAACUCGAAAAUUCAAUUCAUAAUAGAAGCCCAAGCAACCAUCGCCUUUUCAGAUGUACCAGUAAACAGACUUGAAGAUAAUAGGGCUUUAGGUCGUGAACUGUAAAGGAAACCAACCAUUAACGAAAAGGAGGGUAACAAAAAUUUUCCUUGAGACAGCCCACCGGAUCGGAGUGUGAGAAGCAACUAAAUAAGUUUCUUGCAUAUCUGAACCCCACCAACUCGAAAAUUCAAUUCACAAUAGAAACCCAAGCAACCAUCGCCUUUUCAGAUGUACCAGUAAACAGACGUGAAGAUAAUAGGGCAUUUGGUCGUGAACGGUUAAGGAAACCAACUACCAACCACGAACGAAAAGACUAGUAACAAAAACUUCCCUUGAGACAGCCCACCGGAAGUGUCCCCGAGCAACUCAAUUUUUCGAAAAACGCAGAAGUGUGUAUAGCGAAACUGAUUUCGAUCGCGCGAUAGCUUUAGAAAAAAAAAUUCCUUCACCUCUCCCAAUAGUCACUCCUGUCAAUGAAAGAGCUUUCUGAAUGUUAUCGACUGAAUCAAAGGAGUUCUAGAGAAACACAACGUAAACUCUGUAUUCACGCCAACUAAAACCAUCGGAGAGAUUCUAACGUCAACUAACAACACCAUAGGGCCUUCAGCAACACCAGUGGUUUACUGAAUUCCUUGUAGCUCUGGAUCAGUUUACAUCAGAAACACGAAAAGAAACGGAAAGUAGCGGAAGCGCUUAGAGAAGGUUCCGCGUUAUCGCGUUUGAAGAGACUCAUGUCCUCGAAUCUCAGAGUUACUAUUCAAUAACAACAGGAAGGCGAUAGAAAUUCAGAGGCACAAAAACAUUUUUACCCGAAACAACAUCAAUAAAAUCUGGCUACCUGCAAUCAGUUGCUCUCGUAUCAAGUCAUUCAAUUCAACCAAAAGGAAAUGAGUCAUGAACACCAGCAAUGGAAUACAUUCGGGAAUCCGAACCAAUUCUGUAGUAUUUGCUUUAAGGACAACCAGAACACUUCGUCCGUCUUUUGUAGUAUCCACUGUAGUCCUAGACGAAAAGCAUAAAACCUGCAGAACACCUCAAAAUAGCCUGGAAAAUAGCUUUGACACAGUCUUGUUAGGUAUGAUAUUUACUCGUAUGUUAUAAUAAAUUUGUUCAUGUUAAAUUCAUUCACAACUGGUUAGGCGAAUUCAUAAUAAGCAACUCAUAUCCGAAUUGGAAUCUAUUUUAUUCAGUUUGCGAUGCCUAAGCAGACAUGCGAUUUGUCAUAUAUACCAUUAGGAAACAUGACUGGGAAAUAAUGAUCUGAAAUCUUAACUGAUUCUGUUUUCAAAAUAUUUAUUGUGUUGAUGGUGAAUACACUCGUGCAUUUUAUUGAUUAUAUGAAUUGUGAGUUGCUGGGUAAUGUUAACUGUUCUUUUUAUGAUGUAUAUCUAACUAGGGCAUGACAUUUAUGCCUUGAAAUGAUGACACAAAAUUCCAUAAAACAAUUUUUAGUCUUCUAGUAGUUUUAACAUAGCUCAGUACACUAUUAAAUAUGGACAUACUUUUCUGUUACUAGUUACAAAGUAUUCUUUGAUGAAAGGUUUUGGGAAAAUAUAGUAUUAGCUGUUGAAAUAUAAAUUGUCACUUUUUUUAUAAACUGGUACUGGUUUAUGUCGAU